AUGUAUGCGCUCACCCUGCUCCUCUGCCCUUCAAGCCAUGGGGCUGCUAGUCCAGAUUACUACCACAUUCUGGAAGACCCUGAACAGAUUGGCUCAUUCGACUUCUGCACGGCUGUCCUUGACAAGCUUGUGGCGUCAAUUGAUAGCUACAAGGCUGGAGCCACAAGGGUGCUCGGCGGGGAUCUCUUAACACUCACGAUCAUAUACUUUGAAUUUCUUGACACCGACAUCAUGCCGGUCACAAGCAAGCGGCCACGGAUUUCACUUUGGACGUCUGAAAUUGUAGCAGAAUAUGAAAGGCGGGACUGCACAAGCAGCGAUAAAUUGCUUUACGGCAGGCUCCCGACAAAGCGUGUCUCGGAAACACCCUUCGGUCAAAUCAACAGACAGCCAAAAGUCACACUAGGUGCCUCGUAUGAUGAACUCCUGCAGUUCACCCUCUCAAUUGUUCCAGAGGAAAACCACCAGAUGAAAGUCAUUUUAAUUUAA